AAAAUUUUCAUGUCAAUUUAAGUAAAGGAAUUUUAUUGGCCAAGAUUCAAUUUAAUUCCUGUAAGACUCAAUAAAAGGUUUUAAAUGAAGAAACUCUAACAGAUUCAAGCUUGUUGUGUAAAGUGCUUUUCAAAAUAAAUUUAUAAUCAAGUGGAAAACGUACUGUUGAUGAUUUAAUUAGGAAACGAUAAACAUUAAAGCAAUUCAUUUUAAGAUUGUGUUUUGUGUUAUUUAAGAGUUCUAAGAAAUGGAAGCAAUGAUUGAUAGCGCUGCUAGCAACUACAUAAUCCCCUCAUUACAACUUGAUGAUGGCUGGUUUAUUUUCUCAUCUGUGUCCAAGUUGUUGUCAUCAAUUACACCAAACGACAUGUCACUUAUUUUUUGUAUCCUGGAAUUAUUGAGAGAUGCAGUUCAAUCAAAAGUUUCAAUUCUGCAAAUAAUCUUAGAGGCUCUUAAGGUAGAGUCGGGUUACAUUUGUCUUCUGGUCAUCAUUUUUCUCAUCUCUCUAAUUCCAUUUUGUUAUACAAUCGCAUGGUGUUGUUCGAGAAAUAUUAAGUUGAAAGCAGAAAAUGACAUGCGAGAUAUUGUGCAUUCAUCUGCCCACAUGGUGCUUCCAUCUGAUGUUCGUGUUCAAGAAGAGAGAAAGGAGAAACUUAAUAAAUAUCACUGCCGUAAAAGAGUUCGCGUGUUCAUCCUUCAAUGCUUUACUUUCGCUUCAUUAGUUUCAAUUCUAUCCAUGUUCAUUGUUAACGAACAAAUCUAUGUGUCAAUUAAUGAACUGCCUAAAGUCAUUAAAUCUGCAUUGAAAGAUGCGGAAUUCUUCGUUAAAAGCUCAAAUCAUCAACUUCAAAUGGAAGUUUUUGAACAAUUUGAUCGCACUAGAGAAAAGAUUAAGAUUGAUUUGGAAGACAUUGAUAAAUUGCUAGGCGAACAAAUAACACGAGAAAUUUCUAUUCAGACUGGAAUUGACAUAACUUUCGAAACUACGUUAGAUAUUUUGGAUAAAACCAAGGAACUUUCACAACGAGUCCAGUUUCUAAUGAAUGGUGUUCUCUUCAAAACUUUAUUACUUUCAGCUGAUGCAGCUUCAAAAGUUGAUGAGAUUCAUAUUCAACUAUCAGUGCUUCAACGUCAAUGCAAUUUUCGUGAUCGUCCUCUGUGUGAGACAUUAAAAGUUAAAAGUUUCGAAGAAAUGGGCUUCAUUGGCAAAGUUCAAUCUGUAAAUGAAAAUGGAAUAUUACAGAAACUCAGAGCAAUGAGUGAUGAGUUCCACGACAAUAACUUGAGAAAACUCACAGAUGAACUUACAAUUUCUAAAAAAACUUACCGAAACUAUUCUCACCAACUUUAUCAAGACAGCACAAAGCACCUGGAAGAAGUUCUGAGGCAAUUGACGAUUAUGCGAAACGGAUUGAAUGAAACACUUAACAGUUUAUCGUCAGUUGUGAAAAGUGCGUUGAAUAAGAUUGAAAAAAUUUGGGGAAGUGUUGUUUCAGUGAUAGAAAUGCUAAUUGAAGCUGCUUACAUCGGAUGGCUUAUAGGAAUUGUUGCAUGUGCGUCAACGUUGAUUGUGACACUUUUUACAAUCAUCCCAAUGAGUUGUUCCUGUUGCAGUGGCCACAAAUACGCAGGUGGUUGCUAUCUAAUGACUUCAUCUCUUUUAUCAGUGUUUAGUGUUUUACUCGGAUUGUUCACAAUUUUUGAGCUUUUAAUUGGUGGUCAUGGUGAAGUUUUCAUUUGUCGAGCAAUGUAUGAGAAGCCAGAAUAUUCAAUAAUUGGAAAGCUUUUUGACAAUCCAGGAAUUAUUUAUUCAAAGUCAUCGACAAAUGGAGUUCUGCCAGAGUUUUUAAUGCCCUCAGAACGUAAUGCAAAACCUUUCACAAAUGUUUCAUUAUCAAAAGUUCUCAAUGAAUGUGAAAGAGAUAAAUCGGUUUAUGAAAUAUUUCAAUUAGAAAAUCUUCUUGACUUGAAUAAUGUUUUACAUUAUGAAAAUUAUUUGGAUCUCACUCGGUCAAUCAAAGGUAUUCGAGCUACUGAAUCGCAGUUUAUAGAAUUCACAGCGCAAAUUCAACGAAUUUUUGACGAUUUGAUUAACAAUUCUCGUGGAAAUUUCACAGAAUAUCGUUUGGAACUUGUUCAAGUGUCACCUGAGAAAGAAAUGAUUAACUUUAUCGACCAAAUGCAGCGAGUGUCACUUCAAAUUCAAGAUGUUUCAACAGUAUCACGUAUGGCAACUUUGACAUCAGCUGCGAAAAGAAUUCAAACCUCGACACUUCAGCCUUUAGAAAUUCUAAAGAAUGAAAUCAUUUUUCAUCUCACAGCUCUCGAGUUUCAUAUCAAUCCGUGGAUGCACAAAAUAAAAGAGAUUAAGGACAGUUUCAAUCAGUCGCAGAAAUUUUUAAAUGAACAUUCUGUGGAAAUUUGUGCCAAUUUCAGUGAGAAUUUUAGAAAUCGUUUAAGAAGUAAUCUUGCAAUAUUUCGGAAUGAAACGAUGCAGAAAAUCCACGUUGGAAUUGGAUGUGGGCAUUUGUUUGAGAUUUAUAAUGGAGUUCGAUUGCUUUUAUGCCGGCAUAUUAUUGAGCCGAUAAAUGGUCUUUUCUUGCUGUCCUUCAUCUUACUUAUUUUAUGGACAAUUUCUACUCCAACCUCUCUUUCACUCGCUUCAGCAUAUGACAUGAUAGAAAAUAUCAACAAGCAACUUGAUUCAUCUGCUUUGCAACAACAAAGUUUUAAUGUUGGGUCAACUAAUGAGUUUGCUAAUCGGGAAGUAACCUGGUCUUCGAGGCCACAGAGAUCCAUCAGUUCACAGGAAAUCGAUAGAUCCAAUUGGUGAUGAUAAAUUGUAGUCGUCUCGUCUCGUUAAUCCGGAAGGGGAAAUUGUGGAGUUUGUGUUAGAUUAAAUGAACAACUGAUGAAAAACCUUGGGAGAAUUCCAAUAGAAAGAUAACAAAAUAUUUACGGAAGUUUUUCAAUUGCACUCAACAUUACGACGCACCAGUUUGAAAAGCUUCUACAAAAUUAUACACCUACACAUCUACUUAUGCAAUUUUAUGUAUUUUAGGAUCUAAUUUUAAUCUGAUAAAAGGUUUCAACUUUUCCAUUUUGAAGAAUUAAUAUUGUUAUAACAUUUAAAAGAAUUAAUGAAUAAAAUUAAAUCUUGUUGCAACA